AUGGAGGUGCAGACGCCUAAUAAAAAAGGGGAGUACAUAGAUGACUUACUCCGGGAGUUUGUUUGCAAAAGGGGGAAGGUAAAGAGGAAGGAUAUAAUGAAUAAAAUGGAAUACUACAUAGGAGUAUUGACAAAUGUAAAUUUGAAAAUUGUGCACAAUAAGAAUUAUCAAGUGGUGCAUCUAGUUCUGGAGGUUCUAAUGAAAAAUGAAGUGCAUCUAGAACCCAUGAUUUUAGACAAAAUUUUGACUUGCUUGAACUUGAAGCAGAUUCUACAAAAAAAUGACAAAGUGAAAAUUAAAAAUAUUAACGACAUUUUGCUCCUCAUUAAUCGGAAGAGCAGGAACAACUUGAACGCAACUAAUUUGUUUAACCUGCUCUUCGAUGCCAUUGCGCUCCUUCUCGAGGCCCUUUGCGAGGAGGAUAUUUACAGGGUUUCCCGCCAGGUGGACUACACUCUCGGGGGAACCAAGGGACGGGACGACAACGACAACGACAACGACAAUGACAAUGACAACAAUGAUGAUGACAAUGACGACGACAACAACGAUGAUGACAGUGAUCAUGAUGGUAACGAUGAUAGUGACGAUGAUGAAGAUGAAGACGAUGAACCCCUCACCGCCCCCCUGCAAACCGGAAAGCGCAAACGAGCAAACGGGUCGCCAAACUCCUCAGGGGGUGGAUGGAGCGAAUCGGGAAGUGAACCCCAGGAUGGUGACACCUCAGAAGGCACUACCAAUGACGCCGCCAACCAUGGAACGCAUCCUCCGAAGAAGCGAAAAAGAGAGAACGGGUCCCAACACUGGGUACAGUUUCCUCGAAAUAGACACGAAAACGUAGCACGGAUAAAUGACUAUGUGGUCCAUGUGAACAGUCUUUUCAGCCUCUACUUCAAGAAUUACAAACCCAUGUUGAACGAUGUGAAGAUAUAUACCUUUUAUGGAAACCUCUUCGGGUUGUUUGCUUACCUGUACGACUACAUAGGGUACGUACAAGAAUUAGCAGAGAAGUGUCAAACCAAUGCAGAAACUUCCUGUAGCAGCUUCGGCAUAGUGAUGAAGAAUCUGUCUAAUCUGAAAGGUCUUAUAAAAAAACAAAUCACCAUUAGUUUAGACAACAUAAGCAGAAGCUAUUUUAAAAAUGUGUAUGCAUCCUACAUGGAUAGUACAGAAGAGUUAAAAUUGAAUUACUCAUUUUUCCUUUUCCAGGAGAAUGAAAAAAUGUUGGAAAUAAUCUACAUCAUGUUGAAUAAAGUAUCGAACGAAAAAGCAAGCUUCCGGUUCGAUUCAGAUGGGGAUAAGUUAACCUGCCCAUCUGUCAAUCUGAACAAAAGUAAAAGAGAGAAACUUAUUCACUUCUUUAAAGAUAACCAUAAUUCGAAUGAGAAGCAUCCUUUCUUGGGGAUUAGUAAAAUUAGGGGAUGCUUGAAAGCAUUGACUACUAUCAUAAAAUAUCUCCUCCUCAAACAACACAAUGUAAACUUGCCACAUGUACAAACUUACUUUACUCUCUUUUUGUUAAUCCCCCACUUUGAUUUAACUUUUUACGGAAAGCACGUCAAAGGAGAGUAUGCCAAACUGUUUAACUUUUCCACGUCGAGGAAGGAAAAUACUCUUCGUAACGUUCAUUCCUCCGUGCCAGACUCGGAUGCAGAGGCAUCAGUGGACAUUAACCCUGUUGGCGAAUCCAAAGUGACGAUUCAUAGAAACACUAUCAAGUACUACAAAAGUGUGCAGGUAAAAAUAGCACACUCAGCAUGCCGCUUUGAAGAAGAACUCAAUCUAAACGAUCAGAAAGAAACGUAUAAUAACGUUCAUAUAUUAAUAGACUAUUCAAGGCUUAUCUACAAAACUUUAGGCUACCUAAAUGGAAAGAGCAAUUUAAGGAAAGACACAUUCCUAUUUGUUAAUUUGACAUACUUGGUGAAGUACAUAUUUGAUUGCUUAACAAAUGCCUAUUUUGAAUUAAUGGUGACGAAAUGGAAGAGCGCUUUACGGGAGUGCACUGCGGAAGGAUUAUCUCCCCCUAACAACGCAAAAGGUUUCUUACGCCAAAGAAUGUAUAUCCGUGGAAAACCCCAUAUAUUACUCUACGAUAAGAAGGUAAGGAAUAUAUUUUCCACCUGUACACGUAAAAUAAUUCCUCCAUUGGAAUUGACCACUCUAGGAAAAAGCAACAACAGAAGUGAUCGUGGAGAAGUACCAACUCGCCUCUUUCUCCUACUACAGCCAAACAGAAAAAAAAAAAAAAAAAAAAAUAUGAUGAUUUAUUUGAAUUACUUAAUAUACCUUAACCAAAUAAAUCUAAUAACGAUAAUUCAUUUUGAUGUGACCCUGAGGACAUUGAUCUUUUCUACUUUGUUCAAUUUUGCAAAAGGAAUUAGUUCCAACGGGAGGUAUAGCUACCAGCCCACGAGGAAAUUGAACAUUCACAAUAAUGGGCAUUUCAAUUCUUACCACAUCAGUACUUUUCACAAUAAUACUUUCCACGUUAAUCACUUCGGGAGUCACAUACUGAGGAAUGUAAUGACCAAGUACAUUGACAUAUUUGCGGUGAAAGGUCUGUUCAAAUUUCUGCACUACUAUAUGGUUGGAAAUGUGAAUGCACAGAAGGACCAGUCCAUUAGAAGCAUUCAUUUUCUUCUGAAUCACGUUAUUAUGGAUGUGUUUAAAAGGAGCAUGGGUAAGUGGGUUGAUCAGGUCUCCACCAUUUUGGCUUACCUUAACGAGGUAUACACUUACCACGUAUCCAAACUGAGGCAGACCUUAGAAGGUAUAUUACACGUAAGGGAGGGUGGUGUAGUCUCACAUGAUCGUAACAUUUCGGUUAUCACGAGCCAACCACAAGAGUUAGAUAAUUCCCCUUCCAAGGGCCACCCGUUCGCCAACUACCCAUCGAUCUUGCAAAAUGUAGAAACUUUGGAGUACAUCAUUUGUUGCUUUUUAAGGGCUAUUCCAAAGAAAGACAUAACACAAGGAUUGUUGAUACACGUAAAAGAAAUUGCAACUGUGCAUUUAACGAAGCUGAAGGAUGAAGUGUUGUUCCAUGACAAAUUAGGGCAGAGCAAUUCUAGCACCAACACGAAAUUUACUUACACAUCCUCCAAAUUUUACGUACUCUAUUUUUUCAACUAUAGUAUAUCCAGGGUGGCCAUGUAUUCCCUCCUCCAUGGAGAAGUGAAAACCGAUGAGCUGGUGGGUCAUGCCUCCGUUGAACAGAUCGUUUCCAUGAUGCAGAGUUGUUUUCCCACCGUCCAAGUGAUGUAUGACCAGUGCGUUAAGGAGGAUUGCAUGCAUACGUUCUUCGACAUAUUACAGAUGAUUCUUCAGACACUUUUUUUCUUCACUUCUCUGGCGGAGCUGCAUAUCAUAGACCUGGACCGCCUGACCGAGCAUCUCAAGCAAGUGCUCCACGUUCUGAAGAAAAACGCUCUGGCGGAGUACUCCUACCCAGUGAAGAAAAAAAUCUGCAGACAGAUCGCCAACUUCUUCAUCUACAAUCACGCAUUUCUAGUAACCGUCUACAAAGGCAGAGAGGAAACCAUGGAAACCAUUUACCAAGAAUUCACAAAAUUUCUGUUUGUUGAUAUUUCAAUCAUGAAGAAUGAACAGAAUUAUCAGUUCCUGUUUGAUUACUUUUUCAUCAUAAGGGACAACAAAAAUAUUUUGAAGUUGCUAGAGGAAUUAUUUUCACUACACUUCAUUUUGAUAUUGGAAAAUUUAAACAAAGAUUCUCUUCACUCCAAGUUGGAAGGAAGAAGGAAAAAUUCGAAUGAUGAAUGGAGGAUGCUUUCUGAAGAAGAAUCCCUUUUCUCCUGCUACCCAGGUGCAUUAGUUCGAAGGAACAGAGCCCUCUCAACUGACACUCACCACAAGUGGUAUGAAAUGUUCAAUGUGAAAAGAAAAUUGAUAUCCCAAAAUGAUAGCAGUCUGUGUAAAGGCUCAGUUCACAAUUUUGAAGAGAACAGAAUGAUGUGUGUGUUUUCACGUAGUAAGAAGAAUAACCAAUUGCUUGUGUCAUCGCGAAGGAGUAAAUUCAAUAGGGAUAAGGGCGACACCCCAAAUGUCGACGUAUGCAUUUUAAGUAACAUCUUUCCAUUAUUCAAUGGCAUAGAAAAAGUGAAAGACAAUUUAUACACACUGCUUUGCAAAAUUAGUAUUAAUUUUGCAAAUUACAAUAUCUACUGGGAGCAUAUUUUGUUGAACAUUUUAAUGUCUUUCUGUGAAAACCUGGGUGGAGAAGGUAGUCCCAAACUUAGUCUCAAUGAUUUCCUCCUUUUUGUAAAGCUAUCCUUCCAAGUGAUUAUGAAGCAGAAGGAAUAUAUCACCAGUGGUAUCUUUAGGACGAAGAAAAGCAUCCUUGUGUUGAAGCUUCUCUUCCACAUCUUCUUCCUAUACAUCAACCAGUGGACUGACGACUCGAGCCCACAGGGGGAAAAGCACAAGAGGACGAAGCAGACAACCCAACAGGCAACGCAGGAUGAGGAAAAUACCACCGACGUGCAGAACCCGUCGAUCGAGCAACCUCCAAUACGUGCGAAGAAGAAGUCGGGAGCAUAUCCUCAGGGGAAGAUCAGAAAGGUAAAAGCCUGCUUCGUCUUUUUUAUCAAGUACUUUCUACUAAUGUACGAAUUGGUCGUUUCGAAGGGGGAAGAGGAAGAAGGAUCCAUGGUAACCCUAAGUGAAGACCACGUGACAUACUUAACCAAUCAUAUGCAGGGAGGGAGCACCCAAGGCGCCACCCAAAUGACCACCCAAACGGUUACCCAAGGCGCCACCCAAAUCGUCAACGGUGAGGAGGUGCACAGUGGCCCGACAGAGGGGGCAAGAAAGAACGACAUAUGUGCUAUGCUGAGUAAAUUGAAAGAUUUCCUUCACAGGAUUUUAAGCCACGGAGGAAACGUUACGAACGGUGGCAACAUCAAUGGCAUGACGAAUGGCAACACCCCUGUCGUAAUAACAGGCGUAACAACAGGCGUAACAACAGGCGUAACAACAGGCGUAACAACAGGCGUAACAACUGGCGUAACCGAUGGAACCCGCGGCACUACCACCGCCCGCAUGGACGCACUGUUUCUCGAUAUGGUAGAACACGUUUUCGUGUCCUUCCUCCUGAGACACAACUUCUGGGAGGAAUCCCAAAGCGCAGCUGUCGUCCAGGUUAUGGCUACCCUCAAGGGGCUGGAAGUGGAGCACCUGUUGAGCGGGGCCAAUGAAAAGUACACAACCUUCCCUUAUAGCAUCCUCGCUUUGAAGAUUUUUAAUGUGACCAAGAAAACUGAUAUAGGAAAUAUCUCCACGUCUACUUCCAUACGCACUGAUCAGAGGAAACAACUCAUGACAGAAUCGAGUAAGUCAAUGAAGGUGACCCCUACGGAUAAACACACGAAGAAGCGAGGUAAAGGUUCUAGGAGGAAGGACGAAGUGGCUAUGGACGAAGGAAACCUCAUCCUGUUUUUUAAAUUGUUCCUACCGGCUAAGCACAGCAACGACAUAUAUAAUAAAAGGGAUACAAGUACCCCCUGGCAGGGAGGAGUAAAGCCAACUUGUCUUCAACUGUACGAUUUUCUGUACCACUACAAUAGUGUUCUAGCGGAGUGUACAGAUGAACACUCGGUCCACAUCUGCGUAAAGUACCAAAACGUAAUUAAGAACAUAUGUACACUGUUCAUCUAUUCGUCUGAUGACGUAAAAAACGUUUUGUCUUACGUCCAACAGGACAUAAAGGUGGGGUACUCAGAAACAGAACGCGAAGCAGAAAGUUGCCUCUACCAUUUUAACAUACACAUAAUAACAUUAAUUUAUAUCUUUACGAGUAAUGGGAAAUUUUGUUCAGACAUAAUACAUGAGAGCAAGAGACCAACUGACUCUUCUUCCUUUAUCAGUUUGUAUCUCCUCCUUAUGCAACAUAUCCAAAUUUAUUUGGACAAUGAAGUGAUAAUCCGGAGAAACUCCUCCCUCUUCUUCCUACUGCUUCACCUCGUGUACAAACUUUCGCAGUUGCUUGUCUUCUUCUUCGUGCGUCUCAAGGCACAAACGCGGGACGGCAGUUAUUCAAAUCUCCUGGGAUUCGUAAGCAACUACUGUAGUUUCUUGAUCAAAACGAUGGACUUCCUGAAAAGUCGAAUAAGGAGCAGCCACGACAACGCUGUGCCAAAUCCAGGAAAAAAUUUCAUAACGCAUUUUUACAUCCUAAAUAACUGUGACCUGUUCGAGCGAAAGAAGUUUUACCUGUACCUGCUGAGCCAUCAGCUCUUCGUCCUGUUGUACGAAUUCUUCAAUAUACAGAAAAACGAACUAGUGGUGAAGUCCAAAAGAACGCUAACCGAAGUAGCCAAGAAGGGAGGAUACGCCAUCAACUUUUUCUGUUCCUACCUGGACUCCAUUUUGUACCUCGACAGCAGAAUGAACAAACUACUCCUCCGGAAUGCCAACUUCUUCAUCACCUUCCUGCGAAGCAACAAGAGUAGCCUGAACUUACCCCCAAUAGCCUUCCCCAUUGUAAUCAAAAUUGUGGACAUGUAUGAAUUUAUUUCGAAGACCGGUUCCAUGGGAGAGGACGAAUACGAAGAGAAAAAAUUUCUCAAAGGCAUUUUUCAGACCACCUUGUCUCUACUAGAAAAUAGCUCCAUUCAGUUUUGUUACACAUCACUAACGGAUAAGAAAAGAGAAAUCUUCAACGCCCUAUCUAGGUAG